AUGAAAGGAGUUAAGAGAUUUGGCAAGAAAGGAAAGUUAAUUCCUCGAUUUGUUGGACCAUUCAAGAUUUUAGAGAGAAUUAGGGACGUGGCUUAUAGAUUAGCCAUGCCUCCAGCUUUUUCAGGAGUGCACAAUGUUUUUCAUGUGUCUAUGUUAUGCAAGUAUGUUUCAGACCCGUCUCACAUUCUUAGUUAUGAGGUGUUGGAUAUGCAACCAGGCCUAUCAUAUGAAGAGAAGACGGUAAAGAUUCUUAUUAAGAAAGAAAAUGCAUUAAGGGAUAAGACGAUCGGGUUAGUCAAGGUCCUUUGGAAAAAUAGUUCUACCGAAAAUGCAACAUGGGAAUUGGAAACCAAUAUGAGGGAGCAGUACCCAGAAUUGUUGAGGUAG